AUGUUCAAUCGAUUGAUUGAUAGUUAACCGUAAAUUUUAUAAUAAUUUUUCAAAUGGCUAGGCAUUUUUAUUAAAGGUAUCAACAAAUUUUAAUAUUUUGUUUGGCUGCUUUACUAAACUAAAGUAAUAAAAAAAUAAAUUAAUGUAAUGGCAAAUUUAGAUUUUUAUGAAUUUAAAUAAUAUCUAAAAAUUAAAAGCUUUUUGAUUCAUUUACUAAUUAAAUUAAAAAAUAUAUUCUUCUGCUUGUAAGGAUAAUAAUUAAUAUGGGUUUAAUCAUAUAUGACUAGGUUUAUUUAAUAUCUUGAAGACAUAAUAACGAAAUAAAAAUUCUAUAUAUAUUUUAAUAAAAUAUAUCUAAAUAACUAGUCUUUUAGAUUUGAAAACCACCGCAUAAAAAUAAUAAUAAUAAUAAUAAUAAUAAUAAUUAAUAAUAAUAGUAAUAAUAAAAUAAAAAUAAAAAAAAUAACAAUAACGAAACAAUUAUUUUAUAUAAUUUUAGAAAAAUAAAUAAAUAACUAAAUUAAGACUCAUUAUUAAUUAUUAUUCUCGCAAUUAAAGGAGGCUAAAUUUAUUAUCCAUUUCUCUCAUGUAUACUCUUUGUCUUUCUAAUUUAAAUAUUAAUAGCUUCUCAAAAGGUUUAAAAACCUCUUAUCCAUCUUUUUAUAAUUAAUAUGA